AUGCCUUCCCAACGACGAAUACGCCUGCUCGCCCUGGCGGCCAUUGUCACCGUCGCCUUCUUUCUCUUCUACUCGUCCCGUGUCGACCCCGGCCCGGACGCGCACAAGAUCCAAGACUUUUACCACAAGACCAUGGACGGCAUGAAGAACGCAUCACCGCCGGGGCAAGCCAUCAUAAACACCAAGACGGGCGAGAAGGCAGGCCACAUCCCCGCCGACAAGGACGCCGACGGCGACGUCGACGAGGACGACAGAAAGGCCACCGCCCAGAUGCAGCAGCGCCUGAAACAGGCCGAGAAGGACGCCAAAGACAAGGCCAACAUGAAGGGUGGCCUGAAGCCCGACGUGCCGAGCGAGAUUGUCGGCAAGGGCAACUCGGCCGGUGGCCAGCCCAAGAAGGACGACAGUGCGGCCGCUGACAAGGCCCUGGCCGAGGAACCAGCCGAGGCGGCGGCUCAGACCGGGGCGGAAGCCGAGCUGAGCAGUAUCUUGAAAAGGGCACCAGUCGUCAUCUUCUCCAAGACGUAUUGUCCCUAUUCCAAGAUAGCCAAGGGCAUCCUCCUGGACAAGUACCACGUCGACCCGGCGCCGUUUGUCGUCGAACUCGACAACCACGCCCAGGGCCCGUCCUUGCAGGACGCGCUGCUCCAAAUGACUGGUCGCAGGACGGUGCCCAACGUCCUCGUAAAUGGCGUCAGCAUCGGCGGCAGCGACGACGUUGUCGAGCUCGACAGGCAGAGCAAGCUGGCUGACAAGAUCAGGAAGCUCGGCAACGAGCGCGUCCAUGUUUCAGAACGGUUCGCACCGGCCGAGGGCAAGUUGUAA